GGACUAAGAAGAAGAAAGAAACUGAAGGAAUAUCUGCACAAUAUUUGGCCACAUAACACAGUACAAGUCACUGUCCAAAGGAGCUUCGACAACAAACAGUAGAGGGCAGUAGGGAGCCAUUUGUAGCACGAAGUCUACCUGGUUCAAAGCAGAAGAAGAGGAGUAGGAAGCGCAGUUUGACAGCCCGUCGCCACACGCACACUGAAACCUCGUCUGCUUGUAUUUUCUGCGUGGACAGAGCAUUGUGCAACGACCAAACCCACACCAAGAUGCUGUCCUACAUCAUUGGUCUGAUCCGAGGCGGCUUUGACAGCAUCAUCGACUUCAUCUUGAGACUCUUCUUCUCCAAAAGGAGACCUGCCAUCACCUUAGAGGACCCCGCCAUUAAAUAUGCACUGCGACUGAUAGAUAAGCAGAUUGUCAGCCAUGACACAAGGAGGUUCCGCUUUGCCCUGCCCUCCCCAGAGCAUGUCCUUGGACUCCCUAUUGGACAGCACAUCUAUCUCUCUGCAAGAAUAGAUGGGGCGCUCGUUGUCCGUCCAUACACUCCUGUCUCCAGUGACGACGACAAAGGCUACGUGGACUUGGUGAUCAAGGUUUACUUCAAGGGUGUCAAUCCGAAAUUCCCCGAGGGUGGGAAGAUGAGCCAGUAUUUGGAGAGCCUCAAGAUCAACGACACUAUUGACUUCAGAGGGCCCAGCGGCCUCCUCGUUUACAAGGGAAAAGGAGCAUUUGCCAUUCAGGCAGACAAAAAGUCCCCACCUGUGAUCAAGAAAGCCAAACAACUGGGCAUGAUCGCUGGAGGGACAGGGAUCACUCCCAUGCUGCAGAUCAUCACAGCAGUGAUGAAGGAUCCCAAAGACCCGACAGUGUGCCACCUGCUCUUUGCCAACCAGACCGAGAAAGACAUCCUGCUGCGACCUGAGCUGGAGGAGAUCGCAGCCACUCACCCUGACCGCUUCAAGCUCUGGUUCACCCUGGACAGAGCGCCUGACGACUGGGAGUACAGCCAAGGUUUCAUCAGUGAAGACAUGGUGAGGGAUCACCUGCCCCCUCCCAGCGACGACACCCUCAUCGUGAUGUGUGGACCUCCACCCAUGAUCCAGUUCGCCUGCAACCCAAAUCUGGAUAAAGUUGGUCAUUCCAACAGCCGGAGAUUCACCUUCUAAACGCCUCCUUGAUUCUGAAAGGUCAAGCUUGUGGCGUUUAAGCGUGACCGGUGGCUCAGUUCUCUUCUGUGCCCCCAAAGCAUUAAAAUACUCCCACAACUGCAUUGGGAAUUGCACUAUAUACAUACAAUAUAUACAUUUAUUUAUGCUAAGAUUGUUGUCAUGCAGCAGAAUCACAGGCUGGACCAUUUAGUGUUGUUAUGAGUGUCAAGGAAGCGCAGUUCAUGGGUUAUUUGGCCAUUGUAAACCGAAACGUACUGUCCUGCUGUGAAACGCCUGUUUGAAUUUCAACAUUCAGUAUCUGAAGAGGUCAGGGUUAUAUUGGGCUUCUUUUCGAGUGCCUUAACACUUGCAAAGCUUUGAUUACGCAACACCUUUUUUAUGCACCGUUAAGAGUUGUGAUCGCCUGCUUCGUUUAUAUACAGAAAAAUGCAAAAAUGAUUAUAUUCCAGUACUGCUGUUGAGAAUGUUAGAAAAUCGUUGUUCUGACCAUUUACCCGUCAUGCCACGAGAUGUCAACGUUUCACUACAACAUGUUGAUCAGUAACUGGGUGAAACUUGGCAUGGUUACUGACUCUGAUGUAUUUGAUGUGGUGUCUGCAACAUGUUGGUCACUUAUUAAAAGUAAAGGUCUGCAGUUUGAUUUG